UCACAGUCUGGGGGCGGGGCCGGGCGGCACCACGGUGCGCAGGCGCAGCCGUCGGUGGGUCGGGUCUCGGUCGCUUCACAGAUCCUGAGCACCCUGUGUCGCCUCUCCCAUCUCAAGAUGGACAGCCGGAAGCGUCUGGCCUACGCCAUCAUCCAGUUUCUACAGGACCAGCUCCGGCAUGGUGGGCUCUCAUCUGACGCCCAGGAGAGCUUGGAAGUUGCCAUCCAAUGCCUGGAGACUGCCUUUGGGGUGACAGUGGAGGACAGCGACCUGGCACUUCCUCAGACUCUGCCAGAAAUAUUUGAAGCAGCCGCUUCAGGCAAGGAGAUGCCGCAGGACCUGAGGACCCCUGAGCAGACCCCACCUUCUGAGGAGGACUUGGCAGAGGCAGAGCGCCUCAAAACUGAAGGAAACGAGCAGAUGAAGGUGGAAAACUUCGAAGCUGCCGUGCAUCUCUACGGAAAGGCGAUCGAGCUCAACCCUGCCAACGCCGUCUACUUCUGCAACAGAGCCGCAGCCUACAGCAAGCUGGGGAACUACGCUGGGGCCGUGCAGGACUGCGAGAGAGCUAUCUGCAUUGACCCUGCCUACAGCAAGGCCUAUGGCCGCAUGGGCCUGGCGCUGUCCAGCCUGAACAAGCAUGCCGAGGCUGUGGCCUACUACAAGAAGGCCCUGGAGCUGGACCCUGACAAUGACACUUACAAGUCCAACCUCAAGAUCGCAGAGCUAAAGCUGAGGGAGGCACCGAGUCCUACGGGAAGCAUGGGCAGCUUCGACAUCGCCGGCCUGCUGAACAACCCAGGCUUCAUGAGCAUGGCAUCAAACCUGAUGAACAACCCUCAACUCCAGCAGCUCAUGUCCAGGAUGAUUUCAGGCAGUCACAACCCCUUGGGGACUCCUGGCACCAGCCCCUCACAGAACGACCUAGCCAGCCUGAUUCAGGCGGGCCAGCAGUUUGCCCAACAGAUGCAACAGCAGAACCCAGAGUUGAUUGAGCAGCUCCGAAGUGAGAUCCGCAGCCGGACCCCCAGCGCCAGCAACGAUGAGCAGCAGGAAUGAGUGGCCAGCUGACAGCACGAUCCUGUCCUUCCACCGGCUGGCAGCCCUCUGGGGUCUUGGCAUUUUCUCCUGGCGGACUGUCCAAGAGAGAAAAAGAACAAGAAAUUGGACCUGCAUGUUAAGAUGGACUUUCCCCUGUUUCUUUCUUUGCCCCUCCCUCCAUUUUUUGUAUUCUUUCAGGCCCCCGGCCCUUCUCAAGAAAAGAGCCAGCGAGCUGCGUGCAGACCAGCACGCGUUUCCUCCCAGCCCGUCAGUUGCUGAAGUAUUUUCUAGAAUCCCAGGGGUGCGCCUCAGCCGCUCUCAGAAGCAGCAGGUGUGACAGGAGCCACGUGGUGCACACAUGGCCUCAGGAGCCUUUCUGAAGCACCUGCCCUACCCCUGACCUGUCUUCAAAGACCUCAGUAGACCUGUCGGCUGUCCUGGUCUGGGCGUCAGCUUCCCACAAGCCGUGGGAGACAGCUCCUGCCUCCCGCGCCCCCUCAGCCAGCACAUCCUGGAGCACACAGGACUGGGUUCCAUCACUUCUUCCAGCUGAGAGUGUGGACAGGCACGUGGCUCGCUUCCUCCGACCCUCCUCUUCCAGUCCUCAUGGGUGACAGCCAGUCACAACCUUCUGUGCACCCGGCUGUGCUGUUAGCCCUGGGCGGAGGGAGACCAUGAUGACCUGGCCUGUCUGUGUCCUCUCCUGCUCUCCUUAAGCCCAUUGGUGUCCAGCAGACUUGGGGUCCCCAGUGGGUUUUUCAGGGUUAGGGACCCUCUGCCGCCCCCUCAACCCUAGGAAACAGCCAGCAGAGUUGCCUCUAGGGGUGGAGGCUCGCCCAGGAAGUGUGGCCACUGUGCUGUCCCUGCUGCUUUGGUUGCUGUGGGGAGGAAAUGAGCUCACAGCACCCCAGGCCAUUGAUGGUUCGAGGUGGCGGUCAGGGUCAUGUGUGAGGUAGAGGCAGUUCCAUGUGUAUGUAGUCAGUAGAGAGAAGGGCCUCAGAGACCCCACAGCCUCCCUGCAGGCGGCGCCAGGAACCGUGCUGAGGAACAAGCCGUGUGGGGAAUAAACAGACAUCGUGGCCUCUG